ACCCCCGAAAAACCUCGAGACUCCAGAGCAGAGAGCCAGAGCACAUUUCUUCGCUUCACAGCACAGCCUCCAUUGAUAAAUCUCCAAUCAAAACACACAUGGCUUCGUCUUCAUUCUUUCUGCUGCUUCUCUAAACCUCUCAACCAUUCAAAAACCCUCCAUACUCAUGUAUUUAUUCAAAACCCUCCUUUCCCGGAGCUCCUACUCUCUCCUCAGACCCCGAAACAUCGCCCACAAAUCCUACUCGCCGCGCUUGUUUUUAAAAAAAAAGCCAUCACGUUUGGUCGGAGCUGAAAAGCAGAGUGAUCCCACUAAGCCCAGAAAGCCUCUGGAUAUUUUGUUCAAGGAGGCAGUAGAUAUAUACCCGAAGCGGGAAACUGGCGAAAGCGAUGGCGAGGGAGAAAACAAUGAGGUCAAGAGAGGUUUGAGGGAGCUAGAGAGAGAGAUAAGGAGUUUGAGAGCGAAUUCGGAUCAUCAGAGGGAUGCGAAAGAGAAGGAAAUCGAAGAAUCAAAGGAGACGAAAGGCUUGUAUGCCAUGUUUACGAAUAGGGUCGGGUCCAGAAAAAGCCCUAAGGACAGGGGAUUGAAGAAUCGAAGCGAAGGCGAGGGAGAAAACAAUGAGGUGAAGAGAGGUUUGAAGGAGCGAGAGAGAGAGGUAAGGAGUCUGAGACCGAGUUCGGGUCAUCAGAGUGAUGCGAAAGAGAAGGAAAUCGAAGAAUCAAAGGGGAAGAAAGGCUUGCAUGCCGUGUUUACGAAUAGGGUCGAGUCCAGUGAAAGCCCUAAGGACAUGGGAUUGAGGAAUCCAAGGGUGGUUAAGGAGCUUUCACAGGAUAUGAGGUUGUUUUUAAGCCACUUGUACAAGGAAGGUUACUUAAAGGAUGCUAAUUUUUUGCCUGCGAAGAAUAGUGAUGAUAAUGGUUUGGAUUUUAGUUACUUUGACAAUAGCUAUGGCAUCGACUUUAUAAAGUUUGCAGCUCAGAAAUAUGGUAAAGACAACCAAGAAAUUGCAAAAUGGCUGUCGGGGAGUGACUUGAAAAACGUGGCACUCUUUGGCUGCCCUUCCCUUGCAAAGAAGAGUGUUUUCGCAGCCAAAAGGCUGCGAAAUUUUUUUGAAGUUCAAGAGGACACUGUUUGUACAAGAUGUGUUUUAAAGCAAUCAUGCAAGUUUGUGAAUCAGAAUGUGUGGAAUGUUGACAACAAGAAAUUGAUUCUUACUGAUGUCUUGAAUGUAAUCACUCCAUAUGCUUUGGAGUCUGUGCCACCUGAGCUGGUUGUGCCUGAUGAUAUAAAGGCUUCAGUUAGCAAAUUGCUAAAUGAGGUUGUCAAGUUGGGUCAAACUACUUCAUGAAGUUACACGAAUGGCGUCUCGGUUUUUUUCCAGGUAACUGAGGCUUCCAUCCCAAAUACGAGUGCUGUGACAGUUUCUUAGGCAGUUAUACAUUCCUUUUUCUUUUUCUUGAGAUUGCCACUUAUGUGUUUACUGAGCAAGUAAUCAAAAGAAUACAACUGAGUGUACCUUCUAGAUACUGCAUACUUGGAUGGAUGGUCAUAUAGAAGUUCAGGAAAUUGAUUAUUAAUAUUUUAUGCUACUCUCUCAACGACCUUCCUUUUCAUAUUAUUAAUUGAUGCACAUGGUGAUUAUGACAAAGUUACAUGCCAUCUACAUCUAAGACAAUGCAUAUGGCUGAUUCCUGAACAAAUUCAAGAGAUAAAUUUGCUUGCCUAUAUUGGUUGGCUCUA